AUGUCCACGUCGGACCAUUCGCAUCUAUCUGUCGAUCCCUGUCUGUGGAGCUCAUCUUUGCUCAAAUCUGCCUGUCGAUCGCUUAAAAAGUCCAAUCUUCUCUGUUUAUCUGUCGAUUAUUUAAAAACGUUUCUUAUUUCUUUUUAUUCCCUUUCUUUCUCUCCUUUCUUUCCUUUUCCCUUCUCUCCUUUCUUUCCUUUUCCCCUCUCUCGUUUCUUUCCUUUUCCCUUCUCUCUUUUCUUUCCUUUUCCCUUCUCUCCUUUCUUUCCUUUUCCCUUCUCUCUUUCCUUUUCCCUUCUCUCUUUCCUUUUCCCCUCUCUCUUUCCCCCUCUUUUUUCUCCUACGAAAAAUCCCCUUUUUCUUUUCCCCUUUCUUUUUUCCCCCUUUCUUUUUUUCCUUUCUUUCCUUUUCUCCAAUUCUUUUUUCCCUUUCUUUCCCCUUCUUUCUUUCCGUUUUUUCUCUUUUCUUUCUUUCUUUUUUUUUUCCACUUUUUCUUUUUCACUCCUUUUCUUUCUUUUUCAGUUUUUCUUUUCCUCACUUUUCUUUCCUUUUCUUUUCCCCUUGUUUCUUUUCCUUCAUUCCCUCCUUUAG